UUCAGAUUGACACGUGUGUGUUCAGUGACGUGUGUGACGGGGUCAGAGUUCACCGGAAGCUGUUGGCUGCUGCCGGGAGACAGAACAAUAUCAAAACCUUUAGAAUCAUCAUAAAGUUUGCGCAUUGACAUUCGCUUUUAUGGAUGAAGGGUUUGUUUUAUGUUCUGGUCGAUUGGAUCGACGUAAAGAUGUCUUUAUCACCUUGAGACGAGCGCUUAAAACUGUUUUUAAACCCGGAAGUGGAGCAGAGCAGCAGGUGUUAGCUUAGCCGCUAACACUCUUUAUCUCUUCUAAAUCCCAUACGAGGGAGCGAGUUUGUGUUUAAACACUGAUAUCACGCUCAUGCUGCACGGUGAAGUCACAGAUUGAGCCUGCCAUGCGUGUCAGUGCUGAGACGCGUCGUUUAUCGGGCUGUGAGCUGGGUGAGAUGUGAGAGCAGUGUGAUACACAGUUCCAGCUGUCAGAUACUCAUCACUCUCAUCUCAUCAGUGUGCUACUGAUUAAAUUGGUCACUCUGAUCUUCUCUCGGUCAUUCUGGAGCCUGCAGACAUCAUGAGUGGCAAAUUUGGGCUUGGGAAUUACAGCUCGAGAAAGCACAUCUCCAUAUCUGUGCCCUCAUCCACAGAGGUCAUGUCACCUCAUAUCAAAUCCGUGGAGGAGCUCAGAGUGCUGGGCAUCAACCUGAACAGCUUCAACACACCAACACAGUUCUUCAUCUGUGUGGCUGGUGUCUUCCUCUUUUACCUCAUCUACGGCUACCUGCAGGAGCUGAUAUUCUCAGUGGAGGGCUUUAAGCCAUUUGGCUGGUAUCUGACUUUAGUGCAGUUUGGAUUUUACUCCUUGUUUGGUUUGGUGGAGUUGCAACUUACUCAGGAUAAGAGGAGAAGGAUACCAUGCAAAACCUACAUGAUCAUCGCAUUUUUAACAGUUGGGACCAUGGGCCUAUCCAACACUUCUUUAGGAUACUUGAACUACCCUACACAAGUCAUAUUUAAGUGCUGCAAACUCAUUCCUGUCAUGAUCGGAGGAGUUUUUAUACAAGGGAAACGCUACAAUGUUGCAGACGUGUCUGCUGCUCUGUGCAUGAGUCUUGGUCUGAUUUGGUUUACACUGGCAGACAGCAAGAUUGCCCCAAACUUCAAUGUAACAGGGGUAAUUCUCAUAUCUCUGGCCCUCUGUGCGGAUGCUGCUAUUGGAAAUGUGCAGGAAAAAGCCAUGAAACUCCAUAACGGAACCAAUUCAGAGAUGGUUUUAUAUUCUUAUUCUAUUGGUUUUGUGUAUAUUUUGCUGGGGCUGCUGUCUGUCGGGGGGCUUGGAGCUGCUGUUUCUUUCUGUUCUCAGCAUCCAGUGACGACAUACGGAUACGCAUUCUUAUUUUCACUGACGGGAUAUUUUGGAAUUUCAUUCGUCCUGGCUCUGAUAAAGCUGUAUGGAGCACUGGUUGCUGUCACAGUGACUACGGGAAGAAAAGCCAUGACUAUCGUGUUGUCAUUUCUGUUCUUUUCAAAACCUUUCACUUUUCAGUACGUCUGGGGUGGUCUUCUGGUGGUGUUUGGCAUCUUCCUUAAUGUUUACAGCAAAAACAAAGACAGAAUGAAGCUUCCGUCCUUAGCAGAGCUCAGAAAACGAGUGCUCAGCAGGAGGAAGCUGAUGCUCAGGUGUGGUUUGGAGUCCAAGAUGGGGCAGAUGACCGCACUGAGUCAAUUCGGCAUGCAUGGAGUGUGGGGACCUGUUUGAAUCAAAGGGACCUUAAACUAGAACCAAAAAAGCAAAGAUUUGCACUGGACCAGGGUGGAACUGAAGAUGGAAAUGGUUUCAGUAGAAUUUUUAUUUUUUUAACAAAUCAAGUCAAAAUGAAUGUUGGCCUGAUGGGAGCCAGUGACAUUUUAAUAGAAUACAUUUCACCUGCAUGUGCCAUAAAGUAAAGGAAAGAGCUGACAUUCAAGUCAGGACUCUAUUUUUUGAGUUAACUGUAAUUGCACAGGUGAAAAAAAAACUCAAUGAUUCUGUCUGUUUAAAGGGCUGACAUUCAGAAAAGGAUCAAACUUAUCAGCUGCCAUAUUUGCUAACCAUUUGUUUGGUGAAAGGGUGGCUGUUUUUACAUUAAAAACAAACUGGGAAGUUGA